AUGUCUGCUACUUCUGCCCCAGAGAAAACCGACGGUGACCACAUCGAAAUGGUUGCCUUCGAUCCCACACUCGAGCGCGAAACACAGCUCAAAGAAGCUUAUGGUCAAGCUCAAUUCGAUGAAGUCUUGAAAUUGGACGAAGAGCUACUGAAAGCCGAAUGGGAAGCUUGCCUAUUUCCCCCGCUGUCCCAUUGUCCUUCACCUGCCCUCUUCUUCCUUCUCCCUACUAUCGAAUCUGCCCAAGGCACGCAAGUGGUUUGGAACCCACAUAGAUGCGAAUGA